UUCAAUAAGGUACCAACCGAUAACGUCAGGCGACAGAUAAUACUUGUCUACAUCACUCUAGUUCCUGUCGACACGAUGUUUCUCAAUGCUGCUUGGGUGUACCUUGCUGUUUCUUCUCUUUACUUGUUUCUCAGUUGAAAGUUUGAGAAAGGAAAAUGUUCUCACCGUUGGUUUAAAGAGGGUGCAGCGCGAGCACAAUGUAGAGAGGUUAUCUGCCCUAGCUCGUGCAGUCAAGAGCAACAGCUUUGGCGAUCAACAGGCUGUCACUCUCAAGGACGUACAAGACGUAUACUAUUAUGGCAUUAUGAGCUUCGGCACUCCUAAACAGUUGGUGAAUAUACUUUUUGAUUCAGGAUCCGCUGACUUAUGGGUUGCCUCUAUUGACAUUUGCACCUAUGACAAUACAUACUGUAGGGUUCAUAGCACAUACUCGCAUAAUGUUAGUCAAACCUACCACAAAAAUGGUUCCACUUUUGCCAUACAGUAUGGAAUUGGUUCAACGAGUGGUUACGUUUCUAUAGAUAACAUUGAGGUAGGACAGCUGCUAGUCACCGGUCAGUAUUUUGGAGAAGCUACAAGUAUUGACACCAAUACGGCCGCUACGCAGUUUGACGGAAUUUUCGGCCUGGCUUACCCUGCACUCUCGGUUAUAGGUACCGCACCACCGUUCGUUAACAUGAUCAUACAAAACGUAGUAAAUGAAUCAGUCUUCGCCUUUUAUCUAAACAGAGUUGAUGAAACUACUGAAGGAGAGCUUGUUCUGGGUGGAAUAGACCCCAGUCACUACACUGGAAACAUAACCUACACUCCUGUCGUAGAACAAAGUUAUUGGUUGAUAAACAUCGACGGAAUGUAUGUCAACUCCAAGGUAAUUUCAUUAAACAAUACAGCGGUUCCCGACUCAGGGACGAGUCUUCUGUAUGGACCCACCAAGUAUAUGGAUGAGGUUAAUACUCUCAUUGGAGGACAGGAAUCUGGAGGGUUAUAUUUUGUUGAUUGCUCAGCUGUUGACAGUUUGCCAAAUGUCACUUUUGUCAUCAGCAACACAUCCUUUGUGUUAGAACCUAAAGACUACAUUUUGAAGGUCUCAAACGGCAGUGCUGUUGCAUGUGUGAGUGGUUUUGUUGGUUCUGACUCACCGGGUUUCUUCAUCUUGGGAGAUGUGUUCAUGCGCAAGUACUACACAGUGUUCGACAUGGGUAACAAUCAAGUCGGAUUCGCUGAAGCUCUCGUCGUCACCUCCGGAGGAUUCGGAAUCUUCAACAUGAAUACAUUGUUGAUAACAUUGAUUUUUCAAACUGUGUAUAUAUUUUUAAGAAAUUUAUAGAAGGUUUCUAAUUUUUCAAAUAUUGUCUUUUGUUUAGGACGAAAUUUUACAAUAAAUUUUGCAUAGUAAAAA